AUGCUAUCCAACGGACUCAACAGCGAGCUGCCCAAGCCUGGAAUGGCGACCGCGGCGCUGCACGCCGACCACCCGGACGCUGCGGUCGAUGGCAACUAUGCCGUAGCGCCGUCGAUCAGCCUCUCGACGACGUUCCGAUCGCCGCACCCGAGCUCCGCACACGCCAAGCAGCUCGAAGAGGCAGUCAAGGGCGAGGCGGAGUUCGACAUGCAGGAUCCUGGAUUCCACAUCUACUCGCGCUACUCGCAGUCGACCAACAUCCGUGCCGAAAAGGUGCUCUCGCAGAUCAUGAAGGCGCACGCGCUCACCUACAGCUCCGGCCUCUCGGCAGCCCAUGCAGCCGUGACGCACUAUGCUCCGACGGUGAUCGCGAUCAAGCGCGGAUACCACGGCGUGCACGUGUCGAUCCAGCUCUACGCGCGCGGUCGCAACGUCAAGAUCAUCGAUCUCGACGACGAUUACCAGGCCGCAAUGGCUUCGUCCAACAUCAGCGCAGAGGAUGGCAAGGACGCGGCUGUGCAGCGCGGUGGGCUGCUCGUUUGGGUCGAGACGCCACUCAACCCAACGGGUGAAGCAAGGGAUCUGGCCAAGUACGUCACCAAGGCGAGGGCGGUGGCAGGAGCGCACGUGGUGGUCGACUCGACGUUCGCGCCGCCCCCGCUGCAGGAUCCGUUCGCACAGGGCGUGGACAUGGUGAUGCAUUCGGGCACCAAGUACUUUGGUGGACACUCGGACCUGCUGUGCGGCGUGCUGGCGGUCAAGGACAAGAAGGAGUGGGACAGCCUCUGGUCGGACCGCACCUACUUUGGUGCGAACCUGGGCAGCAUGGAGGCGUACCUGUUGCUGCGAUCGCUGCGCACGCUCACCGUGCGUGUGCAGAAGCAGUCGCAGACAGCCACCAAACUCGCUGCAUGGCUCCACUCGCUCGCCACCUCGACCCAAGUAUCGCCCGAGGACGAGGCGUUUGCAGGCGCCAAGCUCGUUGCGCGCACCUACCACUCUUCGCUCCAGCCCCGUUCGGACCCCGACGAUGUAGUCACCAAAGGCGCCUCUCCCGAAGACCCCACUUUUGACCCGUCGACACAGAUGCCUGGUGGUCACACCCCCACCUUCGCCUUCCGAACCACCAAACCCAUCUACGCCACCUACAUCCCGCACCUCACCACAUACUUCACUCCCGCCACCUCGCUCGGCGGCGUAGAGAGCCUGCUCGAACACCGCGUCAAGUCGGACCCCACCGAGGACCCGCGCAUCAUCCGCGUCUCGGUCGGCCUCGAAGAGUUUGAGGAUCUGCAGGCCGACCUGCGCGCUGCCUUCGCAGAGGUCCUCCAGAGGGAGAGCCAGGGUCAGCUCGAGUGA